GCCGCCAAGCAGAGAGCAAGAGUGCUGCCCGAAAGUCUGCCAACGUCGUCGAGCUCGACGAUCUCCUCAAAACAACCCCCAGCGGUGCGUACCUGCCAUGUUUCUGGUCGUCUGGGUGAAAGAACGGAGGAUUUUGGUGCUCGGACGGGAAUGGAUUGGUCGCGCUUGGUUCGGAUGUUGAUCUGCUGUUCCUCUCUUGUCCAGGUUCAAUAUGUCGUCAAAACUUCCCUCCGUUCUCGCCGCCACCGAUGAGGAGAUUCAGCUACUCCUAGCUGCGCAGUCUCACAUUGGCAGCAAGAACUGCGACAAGCAGAUGCUUCCUUAUGUUUGGAAGCGUAGGUCCGAUGGUGUGUUUGCACGCUUUAAUACGCAUUCGUUCAAUCCAGAUGAUUUUCUCUCUCUCCGUGGUAUAGGUAUCCACAUUAUCAACAUCGGAAAGACCUGGGAAAAGCUCGUUUUCGCUGCCCGUAUCAUCGCCGCUAUUGAGAACCCUAAUGACGUUUGUGUCAUUUCCGCUCGCCCUUACGGUCACCGUGCAGUCAUCAAAUACGCCGCCAACACUGGUGCCCAGGCCAUCGCUGGUCGUUUCACCCCCGGUUCAUUCACCAACUACAUCACCCGCUCUUUCAAGGAGCCCCGUCUCAUUGUCGUCACUGACCCCCGUGUUGACCACCAAGCCAUCCGGGAGGCAUCCUACGUCAACAUCCCCGUUAUUGCUUUCUGCGACACCGAUGCUCCCCUGAAGUUCGUCGAUGUUGCCAUUCCCACCAACAACAAGUCCCGUCACUCGAUCGGUCUCAUGUGGUGGCUUCUUGCCCGUGAGGUUCUCCGUCUGCGGGGUACCAUUCCUCGCACUCCUGAUGGCUGGAACGUUAUGGUCGACAUGUUCUUCUACCGUGAUCCUGAAGAGAUUGAGAAGCAGCAACAGGAGGAGGCUCAGGCCAAGGCCGCUGCCGUUGUUGGCGAGCCUGCUGAGGUGACUGACUGGGACGUGACUGCUGCUCCCGCUGCAGGUGCUAUCAACCCUGCUCUUGUAGCCCAGGAGGGUGGUCUUGACUGGUCCGCAGAACCUACUGGUGCGGGUACCACCGACUGGUCAGCGGAGCCCACGACUGGUGCCGGUGGAUGGGGUGCCGAAGCUACUGGUGCUACAGGGUGGGAUUAAGCCGAGGACAUCGCAGUAUCAUACACCUACAUUAUCUACCCGUCGUCUGGGCUUGUUCUCUUGCUCGCUACGUCUCUCACAUGCAUCUCAUGACGCUCCAGCUUUCCCUCUGCAAAAUAUGUACAUGUGCAAUAUGACGCCUUCUUUCACUGGGUCUUAUGUCACUGGACUUAUGGACACUGACAGACUGUCUGACCCAUGUAACUGGUCUAUGAGGCAUGAGCGUGAGGUCUGGCGUAAGUUCGUUGGAUGUGCAUAAAGUAAAGUGGGAUGGUAUGUACAUCUGAUGGGGUAUGCGUACGGGAAGGUGUCGCGGCAAUAAAGAAAACAAUGCAGGGGAUACAGUAGGUGCAACAACAAAUUAAUAACACUAAAUCGUUCAAAUGC